AUGUCUCAAUCCGCGUCCCCAUAUCCUACUCAGUCGUCAUUCUACUCGACGCCUCCGAUGUCGAACCCUGCACUCAAUGCCGAUACACCACCCCCUCCGCCUCCCAAACCCAUCAGUCAUGAAGCGAGCCGAGCACAAGCCGCUCACCAACUAGAAUACCACCAAACCCAACCGGCAUCCCUCCCCGCACCACCAACGAUCGAAGAAGGCUGGCUCCCGGAGCUCGUGAAGGACAAAUCAACAAUCGACCUCCAAACAAUUCUCAAAGACCCAAGGCUAAUAACCGCCCUCUCAAAUCAACACCCUUCCCACACAUCCCGCCAAGAACAUCUCGAAUCCCUAAUCCAAACAAACAAAGACCUCGUAAACCGGCUCCUGGAAAUGCAAACCCACGUUGCCGAGUUGCGCGGCUCAACUGAGAAAAUGCUUCUCACACACCAGUCCCUAGAAGUCUCCUGGCGAAAGAAGCAAACCGAGAUGGACACCGCGCUGGCGCCGUGGUCGCCCAAGGCUUUGUACCAGCGAUUGAGCGCGGCGAUUGCGGAGCAGGAGGCUGUUUGCCAUGCGGUGGAGGAGAGCUUUCUUGAUGAGGAUCACCAUGGCAGGGCUACGGAGAAGGAGAUUACGGACUGGGUUAGGAGGGUAAGGGCCGAGGCUUCGAAGCUUGCGGCGAGAAAGGAGGCGAAGGCACGGUGGGAUGAGGGGAGAGUUGGAGGUUGGCGUUGA